AUGCAGCGUGGACACACCAUCACAUCAUGGGAAUUGUUCAAGGGAGAGUUUGAGAGGAAGUAUUUUCCUCCAGAAGCGAAGCAUCGGUUGGAGCGCCAGUUCAUCAACCUUGUUCAAGGAGAUAGGCCAAUGAGGAGCUACGAAUCUGCGUUCACAAGGUUGAGGCGACAUGUUUUUGAUGGGCGUGAAGAUGAAGCAACUAUGAUCCGUAACUUUAUGUACGGAUUGAAGCCGGAGCUUGGAAGUCGUUUAGCUGGAAGCAACUUUAGCAGCUUAUUUGAGUUGGUGGAAAAAGCUGUUAAUGUUGAGACUGUGUUAGAUGCAGAAAGGAAGACUAUACAACAUUCUGGUGGACACACCAAGUUUAGCCAAGGAGAAAUGCCGAAUUUCAACAAGGGUCCAAGAUCUCACAAAGGCAAAGGGCGAGAAUUUGGAGGCCAAGCCAACAAUCGUGGUAACACUGGGGUAUGUUACACAUGUGAUCAGCCGGGACAUAUUUCAAGGUUUUGUCCCAAAAACCAGCGGAAUAACCAACGGAGUAACCAGCAGGUUUAUUCAUCGAUAAGGAUGGAAGAUGUCACUUGUUUCUCUUGCGGUAUGAAGGGCCAUUAUGCAUCGUCAUGUCCAAACAAGCCAAUCCCUUUGACCCCUCUCGCGAUCCGAGCUCCUCCUAGUCGUCCAGCAAUUGAGCCAGCACCAAAGAAGCAAAACCUAGGAGGUAAAGUUUGUGCCUUAGGUUUAGAAAAUCCAAACAAUGCAGGACCGUCAAGCGGUCCCAUCACAGGGGCAACACAUAGUUUUGUGACCCCUGAAGUAGCUGCCCGGUUUUGGGAUUGUUUUGUGGUUGAUAGGAUACACGUGGCCGUCUUGACCCCCGCAGACCGAACCCUUCAAGCAGAUCAGUGUAUCAAGAAUGUUCCGUUGGUCAUUCAAUGCAAAGAGUUUGUGGCAGAUUUGUUAGUCGUGCCUUUGGAAGGGUACAAAGUAAUCCUUGGAAUGGAUUGGUUAUCAAGCUAUGGAGUUCAGAUCGAUUGUGGAAAGGGAAGGUUGUUGUUUGGCAGAGGUAAACGAACAGAGGUGGUAUACUAG